AUUGUUUUCAAAAAAAUUACAACUUGUUUACACAUUGCGGGAAGGGUUUUGCAGUGCAACAUGAGGAAAGCGAACGUCAAUCUCUCCCGUCCUCGGAUUGUUACGAACUCGGACGCAUCACCGAGAGGGCUCGCCGGCGAGUCGGUCGGCUCCGACAACGAGGUCCAAGACUUCGCCUUCGCAUUUAACGACAUAAAAUUUUCCAAUCAGGUUAUGUUGAUCGAAAUUGUAACCUAUUCGUCGGAAGGCAAAUUGGAAGUCGUCGAAUGCUCUGCCGUCUCCUGUUGGGCGCGCGUAACAGAAAGCGACAGAGGGCGGAGAUUAAGAGAGACAAUGCUCUUAGUUGAGGACAUUCCUGUGCACCGUGUGGGGCAGGUCUUAAAUUGUGACAUGCCAGAUGCAGAGGAUAAUGUGGUAUUUGAAAAUCAAGACGACGAAGCUGGAGCAGUGAGAGACGACUUUUCGUGGAACCUGAACUGUCAUACGGUUGUUAAGGUUAGAACCUUACUGGUCAGUUCUCCAAUCUUGGCAGCAAAGAGUCCAUUUUUCUAUAAGGUGAGGAUCCUGUCGUGGUGAUUGCUGCUUUUGCU